AUGUCCGCUUCCUCUGCUUCUGCUAUCAAUUCCUCCAUGUUCAUUCUUACGGGGUUCCCUGGCCUAGACCAGUACUAUCCCUGGUUUUCAAUCCCCUUCUCCUCCACCUACGCUACGGUUUUCCUGGGCAACUGCCUGGUGCUGCAGGUGAUCCGGACAGAGCCGAGCCUGCACCAGCCCAUGUUCUACUUCCUGGCCUUGCUGGCCCUCACGGACCUGUGCAUGGGGCUGUCCACAGUGCACACGGUGCUGGGGAUCCUGUGGGGGCUCAGCCAGGAGGUCGGCCUGGAUGCCUGCAUUGCCCAGGCCUAUUUCGUCCAUGGUCUCUCCUGCACAGAGUCUGGGGUUCUUCUUGCCAUGGCUUUUGAUCGCUUUACUGCAAUCUGCAAUCCUCUGAGAUACUCAUCCAUCCUGACUAGCAGGCGAGUCAUUCAGUUCAUGGUGGCCAUUGUGCUGAGAAGUGCCGUGUCCAUUUUUCCUGUCAUCGUUCGUCUGAAGUUCUUCCAUUACUGCCGCCCCCACAUCCUCUCCCACUCCUUCUGCCUGCACCAGGACCUCCUCCGGCUGGCCUGCUCUGACAUCCGCUUCAACAGCCUCUACGCCCUGGCUCUGGUGACCUGCACCUUGCUGCUGGAUGCCGUGCUCAUUCUCGUCUCCUACGCUUUCAUCCUGUGGACAGUGCUGGCGAUCGCGUCUCGGGAAGAGAGGCUCAAGUCCUUGCAGACCUGUGUCUCCCACAUCUGCGCUGUCCUGGUUUUCUACAUCCCCAUCAUCGGUCUCACCAUGGUGCACCGCUUCGGGAAGCACCUCUCGCCCUUGGUUCAUGUGCUCAUGGGCACCAUUUAUAUUCUCUUUCCCCCCCUGAUGAACCCCAUCAUCUACAGUGUAAGGACCCAGCAGAUCCGAAGCAGGAUGAAGAAGUGGUUUUCUCUGAAAAAUGGAGUAAAACCUUUGAGUUUUAUCAGUAAGUAUGUUUUAAGGUCCAAAUAA